CACGGAAAAAAAUAUUUUUUACAAUACUACCAGAAUGUAUAGUAAAUGGGAAUUUGUUCUUGUAACAAAUUUUGCGUUCUCCUAACAUUUUUUUCUGUUCAGCCAACCAUUGGAUUUGGUGCGAUUACAAUUCGUUUGUAACGGGCAAUGUUCAAUUCUAGUAACUUGAAAGCUUGUAAAGGUUAAGAUCUAAAUGUUAUAUCAACAAUACUCAAGGGAUAGUUACAAUAGAAUCGUCGUCUUUACAAUUCCCAUCGUUGUCGCAGCUAUAUAAAAAUACGAUACUACAAGAAUGUGUAGUAAGCGGAAAUUUGUUCUGCUAACUAAUUUAACGUUCCCUUUACUAAUUUUAUUGUACGACCAACUAUUUUGAUGUGGUAGCGAUUUCAAUUCGUUUGUAACGGGCAAUGUUCAAUUCUAGUAACUUGAAAGCUUGUAAGGAAUAGUAUCUAAAUGUUUACACCAACAAUACUCAAAGUAAGUUACAUUAUACUAUUGUUGUUAUUAGUGUUAUUACAAUACGGAUCGUUGCGUCUGGGAGAGCGGAGGGGCGCGGGAGGCGCGCGGGGCGGUUUCAAACAGUAUGGCGCUGAUCGUGACCAAUCGUACUUACGUCGCCCGCGCAAAAGUAGUGACAGGCAGUUAUAGAUUUACUUUGCAGUGAAAAUAACAAAAGAAAAACUUGUGUCUUACUGAAAAUGGACGAAGACAUCGCGCAAAUAUUGCAUGAGUGGGGUCUGUCAGAAUACUACGAGAUAUUCAAACAAAAUAAGAUCACCCUCAAAACAUUCAACAUAUUGGAUCAGGGAAUGAUACAAGAACUGAUUAAACCAAUUGGAGACAGAGCCACAUUCAUAAGCAACUUAAAUAUUUGGAAACAAAUAUCAAAUGAUGAUGAUGAUGAUUUCUCUCUUAGUCUCAGUCAGGGGAGCAAAUCGGACAUUAAUGUCGAUGUGUUGAAUGAGAAACACAGAAACGUACCACCAAUAAAGAAUAUUACCAACUUCCAAAGCAGUCAAGAUGGAUCCCCUUCUGACAGUAGCGUCAACACAUCAAUUAAUCUACCACCAGUAAAGGACCUUACCAACGAAAUCGAACAGUUGACAAGUGAGGUGUACACUAUUCAAAAUGUAUCCCCUUCUGGCAGCAGCUCAACAAAUGUGUUAAUAACAUAUACUCCAAAGCUUAAACGACAAGCACUGCUGGACAUAUUAAAUAAAUCUGCAAAGGGUAGAAGCUUGCUGAAUUUACACAAAGAAGAAGGAAUGUUGUCAAGCAAUAGCAGAAGGAAGCUUUGCAAUAUUAUCGUGGAAGAUCUAUUGUUAGAAGACCCUGAUGUGAGGGUAACACAUGAGACGCUUCUUAGUAUCGCUAAUAAAAUUAGAAACAUUUUUCCAAAGGAGAAUAUAACCUAUGAUAAUAACAUUGGACAAUUUAAAAAACAACACAAUUAAAAUGUCUGCGUCUGAAAUAUUGUGCUUCUUGAGAUACUUUGGGCUACUCGUAGGUGAUUUUAUUCCAUGCAGUGAUUACAUCUGGGAGUUAUACAUAGUGUUAAGGAAAAUAAUUGAUAUAGUUACAUCUAAUGCCGUUCACAAAGAUAAUUGUGAUUUACUACAGUCUUUAGUUACAGAACACCAUCAAUUAUAUCUAACGUACAGUAAAAAGACUUUCAACUCCUAAAUUUCAUUUUUUAACGCAUUAUAAUGAUAUGUUACAGAAGUUCGGUCCUUUAGUGUCAAUAUGGUUAAUGCGUUAUGAAGCCAAACAUCGUUUAUCGAAAUUGGCUGCAAAUGUGUCUAGUAACAGAAAAAAUCCAUGCAAAACUUUGGCAAUCGAGCAUUAGUUACAAUUAAAUGAAACCUUUUUAACUGGUCUAGAUGAGAUCUUCGAAUUUGGAAUUAAAAAAACAGUAACUGAUAAUACUGAACGAAAAAUAAGACAAUCUCUAACCUUAUCAUCUCACCCUCUUUACCAAGUUAGUUGGGUUUCUAUAAAAGGAACUAAGUACUCUAAAAAUAUGGUUAUUACUUAAGAUAUAUAUGUGAUGGCCUCUUACCAAUGUUUGGUUUAAUUGAGUGUAUUUAUGUAAUGUUUGAAAAUAAAACCAUUAUUUUUGAAUUCAGUUUAUUCAAGACUUUGUUUUUUGAUGAGAGGCUUUAUUGCUACGAUGUAGAACUGACUGAUAAUAUAUUAUUUUGUAAUUAUGACACAAUUUAUUCAUAAUAUAUUCCAAAUACUAAGUCAGUAACAUCUAAUAAUAGGACAAAAAUUGUUCUAAGAUCUCCUGUAUGAAUAAUACGCCAAAGUACGUUUAUUAUUGUAUGUACAUUUUAUUCUUACCGUCAAUUCGUGCAACAUUGCCUACGAUGCCUUCCUCUGCCUGGCUUGAAAAACGGUGAUUCUCUGUCUACUGAAUAUACAUUUAAUUCUUAAUAAUGGCCGCCUUUCUCCCAUAUCAGGAGUAAGGCAUUUUCAAGCCAUGCAGAUUAAGCAUCGUAGGCGUUAGGAGUAGACUAUACAGGCGGCCAAAAAAGAACUAGAUUCCCGUUGGCUGUAAGGGGCCAUUACCCACCGCCGCCGCUUAAUCGCCAUGCAAAAACCCAAAACACAAAUCAAUCUGAGAAGUUCCAAAACCAUCUAGGGAGGAUGGUUGGGUCCCAAAACCUUACAGCCAACGGGAAUCUAGUUCUUUUUUGGCCGCCUGUAUAUUAUACACUAAUGAGAAACUCUAUUUUUACGAUAUAAGUAUAACUAGGCAUUUUUAUUCUGUCAUGUGCUGUAAUGUACCUACUAGUACUAAGUAAUUAUCGCAGACUUAUCAACCCGACACCCAAUGUGAUCAAAAUAAAGCAUUGAAAUUAGAACUGUACAUGACGUGGCAAAUAUUAUAGUGUAUAUUUAAAUACAGUGGUAGUCGUAUACUGUAUUUGAAAUUAUUGAUAUUUGAAUAUUACCGAAGUGAAUAAUUAUUAUUAACCCAAUCUAUUUUAACACCAGUGAGAUCAGCGGAAUGCUCUAUUCCGCCUAACUAUCAAUGAUUCCAAUUAGACCAGUGGAAUGGAGUAAUCCGCUGAUGUUAUCGGUAGGGUGAUAUAAUCAGUUGGUGAUAUUCAAAUAUCGAUCCCCUGUUAUUUUUGAAUGUGGUAUUAAGUAUAUUAAAAAUUAUAACAAGGAUAUAACGUAUCACUUCAAUGUAGAACUGAUUUAUCUAUUUGAUUAGAAUUUUGUUAUCAGUUGUUACCAUAUACCCAAUACUUAACUUUUUAAGUAGAUUCUAUCGCGUGUAUUAUUUAACUAAUAUCCAUUCCGACGUUUUGAGUACUAUCCUGCACUCGUUGCCACGGAAGUGCCGUAGACGUCAGACGCCCGUGACGUGACCACGAGUGCAAGAAAAGAGUACUCGAAACGUCGGAAUGGAUAAUAGUUAAAUAUAUACGCGAUAUAAUCCGUUUAAAUUGAAUUAUUUCGUUGAUUAACAAUCGCGGUAACUAUUAGGGAUAUAAGUACACUGUUUAGGGAGGAGUGAUAUUAUUACUUAGUUACAGUCGCCAUCAGAUACAUCGGUGCAGCCAAGGUAAUCAAGGCGAUAAAGUGCAUGUUCAGACAUUUUUGAGUACCUUGGCCGCUCCGAUAUAUUACAGUCGCCAACAGAUAUAUUGGAGCGGCCAAGUUGAUCACAAAACAACGUCUUUAUUGUCAAAGCGAUAUAGUGCACGUCCAGAUAUUUAUAGGUACCUUGGCCGCUCCGAUAUAUUUGAUGGCAACUGUACAAUGUAAAACCUUUUUUCUAUAAAUGUGACUCACAAUCAGUUUUGUUGCCUAUUAAUAUAAAAUAAUGAUUGAUUUCA